AUGGGCAACUCCAGCGGCAAGCCCGUCGUCUUCACUGACGAAGGUAACGAGAAUCUCGGCCGUCAGAUCAGUACAGACAUUGACGGCGCCUUUGGCAAGGUCCGCAUCGUAGAGCGCAAGGACACUGGCUUGACCUUUGCUCUCAAGUACAUUCGCAAAGAUGAGGACGUCGAAUACCUGUACAUUGUCGUCGACCUCAUGACCGGCGGCGACCUGCGCUUCCACAUCUCACGCAAGUCCUUUACCGAAGAGGCCGUCCGCUUCUGGAUCUCACAGUUGGGCUGCGCUCUUCGCUACAUCCACAAGCAAAACAUUGUCCACCGCGACGUCAAGCCCGACAAUGUGCUGCUCGACUCUGACGGCCACGUCCAUCUGGCUGACUUUCCCCUGACCAGUCGAUCGGGCACGUUAGCCUACCUAGCACCCGAAGUGUAUCGCGGCAAGGGCUAUGGAGCCGAGUGCGACUGGUGGUCAUUAGGUGUCGUCUUCUAUGAGUGCAUCUACAGCAAGCGACCUUUUGAAGGGCACCACCACGAUCAACUCAUCCAAUCCAUCGUCAAGGGCGAGCCGAACUUCCCCGUGACCAACCCUCCCGUGUCGAUGGUGUGCAUGCAUGCCAUCAGCUCGCUGCUGGAAAAAGACAAGCUGCAAAGAAUCGGAGCGAGCAGUUGGAACAGUUUCACCGACAAUCCCUUCUUCCGCGAACUCGACUUUGACGCCCUCGAGCGCAAGGAGAUUGAACCCAUCUUCAAGCCAUCGAGCGAAAAGACAAACUUUGAUGCCACAUACGAUCUGGAGGAAUUGCUACUUGAGGAAGCUCCACUGGAAGCGCGCACAAGGAAACAGAAGCCCCGUCCAGAACUACGAGCCGAUGCCACCGAGGCCGAGAUCCGCGCCGACGAGCUGCACCGCAUGAUCGAGACCAUGUUCGAGCCGUUCAACUACCUAACCGUGCCCGAAAACAGGUGCGAAUCUCCUUCAUCGACCCACCACUCUGAGCCAACCAGACUGAUGCAUCCCAGGAAUCCCGUCCAAAUAGAGGGCGAUUCUCCCGUCACCUCAAAAUCAGAUUCUAACGACGCCCACCCCCAACAAGACCUGCACAAGGUCCGCUCAAUACCCACUCCUCACGCCUCUACACACCACAACGCCUCUCGCACUCGUUCAUCGACACAAUCACCCAACGGUUCGCCUCCGCUACCCACCCAUCAGAACCAGAACCCCUCGCCCGCACAAUCUGAAUACUUUGCCCAACAACAACAGAGACUCCCUCGCUCUGAGCGCUACGAUGGCCCUCCUCCACCCGCUCCUCCUACCUCACACCCACAACAAGCCAUCAACAAGGCUCAUCGUCCCCGUGGCAGCACCCGAAGCACCUCUAUGAGUGGUGGCGUCCAAGUCGUGCUGAACGAGACUGGUAGCUGGAGUGAAAUGGCCAACCAGAGUCAGACCCUUGUCCAACCCCAAGAAGAGCGCAAACCUGCCGGCAUGCUCGGCUUCCUCAGUCGCAAGAAGGGCAGAGAUCGAAGCCCCAAGGCUAAGGAGCGCGAACGUGGUGUUCUGGGCAAGGAAGGUGCUAGAGUGGUGGUUGGAAGCUGA